AAGUUGAAAGAAACCCCUAUAAGCUGCGACUGACUGCUCACAAGGUCGAGAACUUGCCGUCUGUAGAUCUCUCAUCUUCUCUCCUGGGCGGGCGAUAUUAUUAAUCGAGGAUGUUGAAGAAGGUAAAACGUCGGUGUGGUGGGAUAUUGACCGCUGUCCGGUUCCCGUUGGUUACGAUGCUUGUCGGGUCGGUCCGUCUAUACAAUCGGCGUUGGAGAAGUUAAGGCUGCUCUGGUCCUCUCACCAUCACUGCCGUGGGCAACUUAAAACACACACCUGAGCACGUCCUGCGAGGGUUAUCUUCCUCCGGAAUCGUUGUUAAACACAGCCCUAUGGGAAAGCCUGCCCUGGUCUCUCUGAGGAUCUGGAAAUGGAUCGCUACAACCCUCUCCAGCCGUUUCCAAUUGAUUCUCUCGAAAGCUUACUUAUGGAAACCACAAAUUCAGGGGCACUUGAUGAGGAAACACUUGAAUCUGCCUUCUGGGAUUGCUGUGUGUGCUCGUGCGAUCCUCCUAGCCAAUGCUUUGAAAGUUUUGUCACGCAUCUAUCUGAUGAAGACCAUCUUGAAGAGCUGAUGUUGGUUACGAGAACACCACCUCCUACUCCACUCGAGGAUUGUCCACUGGAGAAUCUGGGCAAUGUGAAGCUGGUUCGACUUGAAAAUCCACCCUUUAGUAGAUGCCAUAAAGAUAAGUUGUCGAAGCUGUUGACUAUAAGUGUGCCACUCCAGCACUUAAGUGCACCACUAAGUGAGGCUCCCCAGAUAAACAUGGAUGCUGUAACAUUGGUCUUUUGGGACAUCAAGAUGUGUCCGGUUCCACGUGGCUGUCAUCCUCGUCGGGUCGGUCCGCCUAUUAAACUGUUUCUUAAGAAUAAAGGCUACUCUGGUCAUCUCACCAUCACUGCCAUUGGCGUACUAAAAGACGUCCCUAAUGACGUGUUGGAAGGAGUCUAUUCCGGUGGAGUCUCUCUUAAUAACAUUUUCACUGGUCAGCUGCAGAAAAAGAAGUGGUUGUUGAGUUUUACACUAAAGAUGUGAGAACUGGGCGUGCUUAUGCGGAUAAGUACAAUUUGCUUUCUGAGAAUAAAGACUCUACACCGAUUUGAAGACAAACAGAGGAGGGUUCUUCUUCGACAUCUGAGGUAAUUCAGUUGGGUAGCAUUCGUGUGUCAUAGUUUGGUCAAGUAGAUGAAGAGAGUUCAUAUGGAGCUUUGGUCGAUACUGCUCAAGCGCUCCGAAGACUCACUGAUGUUGUUCAAAGGUUUAUUCAGAGUCAUCCUUUAUCCAAGAUGCUUUGAGUUUUUUUUUACUAUUGUGUUCACAAGCAGGGGGAGAAGAAUUCAGAGAUUCAGAGUUUUUGGGGGAGCAGUAGAGUUCAGAGAUUCUGGGGGAGCUGUACAACAGAUUGAAAUUUCAAAAGGAACUAGCUUUUAUUUCUGCAAGCUUGUUGCAGACUAUUUUGAUUUCAUUUUGUGUAUUUUGCAAACAUGACUUUUUGUUUGGAACUUUUAAAGAGGAAGUCUUGAAGUUAUUUUGAGUGUGUUCAUGAGUUUUGAUAAGCAGAUGCUUGUGAAGCACAAAGUUAAAAAAGGGGGAGAUUGAAGAUGCAACGUUUGUUCAAAAGGAUGAACUACUUCAGAAGCAGGUGGUUUAUGUCGGCGAUUAACAAGCCAGAAGUUUUACAAAGGAUUGGAAGGCACAUGAAGCUUCUAGAAGGUUGAAGAGUUUCAUGUUUACAAUAGGAAUGUAAACAUAAAGAAAGAGGAGAAUUUCCUAAACUAAAAGGAAAAAGGAAAUUGUCCAAUUCUCAUUAGGAUUAGAAUAAGGAAUAAACCUAGUUCUAUAAAUAGGGUGCAAAAGCUAUGUGUAAGCUUUAGCACAAACAAGAGAAAGUUAAUCUAGCUAUUAAGUUUUAGUCUUAGAGAAAAGAUAAGAGCUAAGAACUUAGAGAGAGCGUAAGGUUUCUUUAAAGAGUUUUAAGAGAUAAGAAAAUUGUUUAGAACAAACUUGUAAACAGAUUUUCUAUUAAUCAAAAAGGAGUUUGAGAGAAAC